AGCCUUUUUCCUGAAUGAAAUAGUUCAAGCAAAGCAAAAGGCAGAGCAGAAGAUCUUUGCUCUCUUGCAUUACCCUCUUCCCACCUUUAUUUCUGCAUUCCUACCCAAAGAAGAAACAGGAAGAUGAAAUACAUCAUUGGAAUAGGAGGCGUGACCAAUGGUGGGAAAACCACUCUGACCAAUAGACUUAUCAAAGCACUUCCAAACUGUUGCGUUGUCCAUCAAGAUGACUUUUUCAAGCCACAAGAUCAAAUAGAAGUCGGGGAAGACGGCUUUAAGCAAUGGGAUGUUUUGGAGUCCUUGGAUAUGGAAGCCAUGGUGAGCACUGUCCAUGCAUGGAUCGAGAAUCCCGUGAAGUUUGCCCGAUCGCACGGAGUGAGUGUUUCACCCAGCAUGAAGGAGCCCAACUCUGAUGAUGCCCACAUACUGAUUGUUGAGGGCUUUCUGCUUUACAACUACAGGCCGCUGAUGGACUUGUUCGACAAACGGUAUUAUCUGGCAGUCCCGUACGACGAGUGCAAACAAAGACGAAGUACACGUAGAUAUACCGUUCCUGACCCCCCCGGUCUCUUCGAUGGCCAUGUCUGGCCCAUGUACCUGAAACACAGGAAGGAAAUGGAGGCCAGUGCAGUCGAUGUCGUUUAUCUGGAUGGACUGAAGUCCAGAGACGCUCUUUACAUGGAAGUAUUUGAAGAGAUACAGAACAAGCUUCUUAACGCUUCAUAGGGUCUGUGGAAAACUGGAAGGUCCUUGUACAGAUUUGAUGUAAAUACUGUAUUAAUAGAAAUGUGUAGACUUUCUGAUACUGUCCUUUGGAAAACAAAGCUUUGUAUAUAAUUGAAAGGUAACUUAUUGACAAUUUGGCCCUGGACAAGUUUUUUUUUUUUUUUU